AUGAUGAAUUUUCCAACAGUCUACAAGCCAAUUUCUGGCCCAAUUGGUGCCAAUAGAGGCGUAAUUAAAUAUAAUACAGGAUCAGGGGGUGGAUCAGUAGGAAGCAAUGACAAUUCAGGUGCCACUAAAGGGUACAUUUUAAUCAAAUUUAUAAAAUAUUAA